UCAUCAUUUGAACGUGGUGACUCUGUUGAAGGAUUGAUCUGUUACUGACAGAAGAAUUGAUGUUUUGGGGAUAUGGUUUAUGAAAUAGUAGCGACUGUGGCGAUCAGCUGUUAAAUAUACAGUUGUCGGAUCUCUGUUUCGGCUACCCGAUCACCCAACUGUCGGAAAUCAAAUCCAGCUGACGCAAAUCAAAUCCAAAACUCUCCACCGUCGCAAAGUUUGGCGGCAAAGAGGAAGUGACGUAAUAUACAUGCGCGCUAUUAGGGCGUGGUUAGGGAAAGGGGAUCGGGGACUGACAGUGCCUCGCUACUGUGUGGCUGAUAGAAGUCUUAUAUACUUCCACGUUCUCCACGUACUGCCAGACGCUGCGCACUUUGCCGCCCAGACCUGCACCGCAGUCCCGAAAACGCGUUUGAAAACGACACAGCUCCACCAUGGCUAGCUACAUUCAUGUUCCCGACGAGGCGCCCGCUGUGCCGAAAAUAGACACGACGGUUGACGACAGCGACUACAGACCCGGCGCUCUCAUGCUGCUGAAGGAGCUGAGACCGAACUGGAAACCGUCAGAGGUCAAAAUAAAGGUGUUCACUGACGGAAUUACUAAUAAACUCCUCGGCUGCUACGUGGGUCCCAUCUUGCAGGACGUGGUUCUGGUCCGGAUAUAUGGUAACAAAACGGAGCUGCUGGUGGAUCGAGAGAAUGAGGUGAAAAGCUUCCGUGUUCUGCACACACAUCGGUGUGCGCCACAGCUUUACUGUACCUUCAACAAUGGCCUCUGCUACGAGUUUCUGCAAGGAACUGCCCUGGAGCCGGAACACAUCCGCCACCAGCCGGUUUUUAGGUUAAUUGCCAGGCAGCUGGCCAAAUACCAUGCAAUCCAUGCCCAUAAUGGCUGGGUACCCCAGUCUGAUUUAUGGUUGAAGAUGGGGAAGUACUUGGCUCUCAUCUCAAAGUACCACAGGUUGAGCUUGGAGGUUCCCAGUCUGCAGUGCCUCAGAAAAGAACUGGUCUGGCUUCAGCAGUCAUUAACUGUGCUGGGCUCCCCUGUAGUUCUGUGCCACAAUGACCUUCUCUGCAAAAACAUCAUCUAUAACCAGAGGGAAGGAAGUAUAAAGUUUAUUGACUAUGAGUACGCCGGGUACAAUUACCAAGCCUUCGACAUCGGAAAUCAUUUCAACGAGUUUGCUGGUCUGAAUGAGGUGGACUAUAGUUACUACCCAGAGCGCUCCAUCCAGCUGCUCUGGCUCCGCUCCUACCUUGAGGCUUAUAAGGAGCUCAAAGGUCUGGGCAGUGAAGUGACGGACGUAGAGGUGGAGACCCUCUACGUCCAAGUCAACCAGUUUGCCCUGGCUUCACAUUUCUUCUGGGGUCUGUGGGCUCUGAUCCAGGCCAAGUUCUCCACCAUCGACUUUGACUUCCUCGGAUACGCAGUCCUGCGCUUCAACCAGUACUUCAAGAUGAAACCAGAGGCAGCAGCGCUUAGCUUACCCAAAUAAAACAAAAAACUCACCUACUUAUCUUCUUUUCCCUUCUGCGGCACCACUCCAUGACAGCUGCAGAGCUCCCCCUUCAGGGCUCUCACGGGAAGACCGCUCGUCUCCUGGAAAUCCUUCUUAAUCCACCAGGAUCUUAACUUGUAGCCUCACUUUGAUUAUUAACCACUGAUGUUCAGGGCCAGACUGAGCCGUAAAACAUUAACACCAAGUUUGUAAAUGUUGAAUAGACUUGGCUCACUGAUGUAGAAGCAGCUUUUAGGCGUUUUAUUUUGGAGGAGGACCCAAAUGUGGGAGGAGCCCAACAAACACUAGUUGAACAUAAAGCAUCAGGCUGUAAAAAGAAAAAAAGAAAAAGGAAAUCUAAUAGAGACCUCAUCAUCUUUAGUCUGUUUUCACCUAAGUUUCCCAGAAUGCCUUUCACCUGUUGACGCUCCAUCAGAGCAUCAGUUUGUUUGUUUAAUGAUCUUUUUGGACAAUAAGAUAGGAAAAACACAAACAUUCAUUUUAUUUUCAUAUUGGAGUUGGAAUGCCAUGUGACUUUUUUUUCUGAUGUCAAAAUCUGAAGUUUUUCCAAAUCCUGGUGUGGAUUGAAACGGCUGUUGAAAGGAACAUUCCAUGUUGGAUCAGGGCGGGGGGCCCGCUCUCUCUCUGGGCCAGCUUUGUGGAGACCAAACUGUAACGAAUCCUCUUCAAAGUCUGGAACAGUUGAGGAUUGAUUUGAAGUAUUAUAUUUAUAACAGAGUUGAAAAGGUCUGUAUGUUAGGAAAAAAAUCUAAUGGUAUGGACCAUCUGGAAAACCUGGCCUCGAUCUUUGGCGCCUUUUCCGUGAUUUUGUGACGUCACAGAACCGGACAUUCACUGACGUUCACUCCACGCUGCAUUCACUGCACCUCAGAAAUCAGCAUCACAAAGCUGUAACGCUGGUUAUUUAAAAGGCACUCCUUUUUCGGGUGGGGGUGGAGCUUAGUGGCUCCCUUUCAACCCCUCUCCAAAAGAAUUGCUGCUAUGAACGGAGCUGUGAAGACAUGGUUAAUAUGGGAUGUUUGUACUCCAUCCCUUGAUGUUUUGACCAAAGCACGUCACUGCCGACAUUACCUCAGGACGCUGCAACCAGCGGAUUGUUGAGUUACUCCAUUUGAGGAAAAAAGAAAGAUCUAAGGAACCAUUUUAGUGGAAAACUGCAAAUUUUUAAGAUUUUUCAUUGACAUCCCAAACAAAUAUUUAAGUCUUUACAAAAAGUAGAAAUGACUCCUUUUGAGUGUAUUAUUGUCUCGUUACUCUGGGAAAAAAAACAGGUAGAGCUCAACUAAAGGCUUUCAUAUUCCCAAAAAAACAUCAGUAAAGAAAGCAGCGUUCUCUCCCGUGUUCUCACACACAUGGUUUUGAGGUCCUAUCAUUAUGGGAUUGUUCGCGUCUGGAAUGAGUUGGAGAACAGUUUUGUGGGGAGUGGGCUUGUUCCUUUGGCGGAACGGUAACAUGCUCUCGCCACAUUUAGCAUUAAGGAGUUUAUUCAACGUUAAUGUUUGUUUUCUAUCGUUCUACCUGCUAGUAACAUUUCCAACUUGGAAACAUUUAAAGAAAGAUUCACUGGACUACCACCUUUCAGCUGGUAUUUCCUGUUCUCCAGCCACUGUAGAAUAUGUGUAUAUGUACGGGAAUAACAUGCAGUCGUGUACAUAGUUUGUUUUUUUUUAAUGUGAAAAAAAAAAUGUUUGAAGAAACUGCAAAAACUUUAUUUGCAGUUUAUUGCUGCAACAUCAAACUUACUUUUAUUUUUGCAAACUAUAGUUUAAGUUGUACUUAAGCUUUUUGUGAUCAGGCACAUAGCAUUAAAUAUAUCUGAAAGAUUUGGUUUAUAAUGUAUCUUUUAACUAUGCUUUGGGUUUUAUUUGUAUGUUUUAUCUAAAAGUUGUUUAAAUAAAGUUUCUGAUU